AUCAGUCUGUGUAGUCGAUCAAUGAUAAUUUGUAACAAAAUUUAUUUAUUUGUAAAACUUUUUAUUAUCUUUUGUUAAAACAAUAAAAUUACUUGAAGUACAUUGAAACGAAAAGGUUCAAAAAACUAAAACAAAUUCUUCCCACAAAAUAAAAAUUCCAUUGGUUUGUGUGUAAAGAGACGUGUGCUGUGAAGAAAUUUUUCUGCAAAAAUCAAAUAGAAAAAAUUUUAUCUAAUCUGUAAACGUAGCAAAAUAACACUGACUAGGUACUAUUAUUAUUAAAAGCAACUUAAGUUGUUAAAAUAUUUGUAAAUUACAAAAGUAUGCAAUUUGUAUAAGAAAUUAAUUUUUAAUUCGUAUAUUGAAAAUAUAUGAUCGGCAGCUGAAAUAAUAUAUUUUUCGUAGUCGUGAUCAUGAGUACGAAAGAAGGAAAAUCGAAAACCAACACUAGAAAUUCUAGUACGGGUAUUAAGAUAUUAAAUGAUGAAAAAAUAACUCCAGUAGUUCCUUUAAAAAUACCAGUUAUGACAUCGGUGCCGUUGUCUCCACCCAAACAAAUGACCUUGUCCAUUGCCAAGCCAAAAAAAGCCAUGAAGCAAAGGAAUAUGGAUCAUUAUGUGAUGAAAACGGUAAAGGGAGAGAAAAACACUGAUACAGGCAUGGAGGAAAGCGAAACGAUUGAUUUUAUAUUGGCGGACAAUAAUGAUGAUGAAUUAGUAACAAAACCGAGUGGAGAAAUAACCGAAGAACUUCAUUUGAGUGAUGACGACGAUGAACACGAAAUGACAUUUACCGGAUCAACCCAAGAGAUUGUUGAACAUGUUUGUGGAAAAUGCUAUAAGACUUUUAGGCGAAUUAAGAGUCUCAAAAAACAUCUUGAUUAUUGCCGUUUUGAUAGUGGUUAUCACAUUCGUAAAGCAGAAAUGUUGAAAAAUUUGGAGAAAAUCGAAAAAGAUGCCAUUAUAAUGGAAAAUAAAGAUGUCUGUUUUUGCUGUGGCGAAAGCUAUGAUACGUUUCAUUUGGGUCACAUCAAUUGUCCCGAUUGUCCUAAAUCAUUUAAAACCCAAAUGAGCUAUGAACGUCAUAUAUUUAUCACACAUUCAGAGUUUGAUGAUCAUCCCUGCAGUAUUUGUAAUGCUAAAUUGCGCAGUGCAAAUCUUUUAAAACUACACGAAGAACAACAUCGUAAUCGUGGAAAACCAUUUGCAUGCAAGAUUUGUGGCAAAGACUUUACGCGUUCCUAUCAUUUGAGUCGUCAUCAAAAGUAUUCCUCCUGCUCGGCCAAUGAGAACGACACCAUGCAUUGUAAAGUUUGUAAUAAGGCUUUCUAUCGUUUGGACAAUUUAAGGGCUCAUCUAAAGCAGCAUUUGGGCACACAAACAACUAAGAAAUCGGAGUACAUGUGUCCGAUAUGUAAAAAAUGUUUCUAUAGUUUAUCUACUUUAAAUAUUCACACGCGCACCCAUACGGGCGAAAAACCAUUCGAUUGUGAUUUAUGUGAGAAAAAGUUUCCCUCAUUAGUUGCUUUGAAAAAGCAUAGACGUUACCAUACUGGAGAAAAACCCUAUACAUGUUCAGUGUGCAAACAAUGCUUCGCUGUAAAGGAAGUAUUGAAUCGUCAUAUGAAACGUCAUACGGGUGAAAGGCCACAUGUUUGUAGUGAAUGUGGUAAAAGCUUUAUUCAAGGCACACAACUACGUACACACAUCAAGGUCCAUUUACGACCUUACGAGUGUGAUCAAUGCCCAGAGAAAUAUAGAACCGAAAAGCAAUUAGAGAAACAUAUGAAAGAACACACGGCAACAAAGCGUAAAGGACGUACACGAAUGGCAAAUAAAUGUUUGAUAUGUAAAAAAGGCUUUAAAACUGAACUCGAGUUUAAUAACCACAUGCAGAUGGGUAAUCAUACAACACCUGCCCAAAGACGUAAAAUGAAAAGCCGUACUGAUUGUGCAGUAUGCAAAGAAGAUUUCGAUUCUGUACAAAGUCUUCAAUUUCAUAUACUUAAGGUCCACCAAGAAGAUCCCGAGACAUUUGUCAAUGAAGACCCCUUCGAAACUUCGACACGAGUUAGAAAUAAUGAAGAUUCUUUGCUAAUGCCUGCUCCAAAAGUUAUUAAAAUUGAGGAUGCCCAGGGACAGCGUAUAGAAUUUGUUACCACCAACAGUGAGGGUAAAAUUUUGAAUACCAACGUUCAGGGUCUAAAUGAGAAACAAAUCUUAAGUACCGAGGGCAAAACAGAAGACUCGAAUAAAGUACAGAUUUUGGAACAAUAUAUAAUCGAUGAUACUCCUUCCACAUCAGCAAACGCUGGUAGCAAACAGACCAUAUUCCUAACUAAUGAAGCUUACACUGUUAUACCCCUGGAAUCGGAUGGUGGCAUAAUAGAACCCAUUACCACAAACACUCUGCCAAGUAAUAUUAUAAGUCCUGAAUGUAAAAAGGAACAACGAAAAACUUUAGCUGAAAGUUUAGCAGCUGCUAUAGCUGACGAUGACGAAACUGACUUAAGUACUAUUGACGAAGAACCACAGCUUUCUGAAGAAGAAUUAAAACUUAAAGAUAAUGUUAGUAAACUAUUGGAUAUGUUGGUAGAUGGUUUUACUUUAAAGAAAUUUGGAUGGCCAGAUAUUUCGGAAGAAACCGUUUUAUGCAAAGUUAUAGAGAAUUGUGGUCAUGAUUUAACGAAAGAUCAAUAUAACUACAGCGGUUGGGAUUAUGCCAGUCGUAUGCGUGAAUAUGUUAAAUUACUUUUCACCGUUGUCAUACAUAAUGAUUCCAUUAAGGAAUUGUUAAAUAACUAUCCCAUUGAUGAAGUUAUUGAAUACGUUUUGGGCAAUGAUGAUGAGGACGAUGAUGAUGAAGAGGAUGAUAAUACAAACAAAAGUAAAGACAAAGGAAAUGAGGAAACUGUUACCAUUAAACGUGAAAGUGGAGAUUAGUUUAUCGUAAUGUGUAUUCCUAAAAAAAACUGGACAAUAUUUAGUUUUAAGUUUCUAUUGUUUUCUAUUCAUAAAUAUCAAAUUUAUAAGAAAAACUAAAGUAUUUUAUAUACUUUUAUUUUUAGUAAUAGUGCCUUAUUAAUAACA